UCACGCUCGCACUACACACUCGGUGCUCCUGUGAAGGUAUCCGACUGCAACGCUACUACUAUUCACUACUUUAUGUUUUAUUAUACAUGUUCGACGAGGAAGUGUGCUCGUAGGUUAGCACUCUUAUCAGCUACUGAUAUAAACCUACUGACUGGUCACUAAUUAUUGCUAGCUGACAAGAUAAAUUGUAGGCUAAAUAAGCAUUAGAUGUACAUUAUACAUAACGUAUUAUUUCAAAAGCUUUCUUGACCAGGACCGAAGAAACUGAUUGACAUCAAAUAAAGCGCCUCGUCGGAAUGGAGGAAGCAGCCAGUCAUGGUGGAGAAACACAGGUGACGGAGAAAGUACCAGAGCUUGCUGUUGAUGGAAGGCGAGAUGGAGUUAGAAAAGGCACAGCUGGCAUUAAAACAGAUUUUCUAACCACUAAAGACAAAUUCCACGAGUUUCUUGACUCCAACGGGCAGCUCCCAAAAGAAAAAGAGGAGAAGAAGGAGAAUCUCCCCCACGACAGCGAUGAGCUCAAAGGCACUACGGAGGCAUCAGAGGAGGAACCGGCAGCCAAGAAGCCGAAGGUGGAGCAGCAGGAGGAGAACAAACUGACCUGGAAGCAGCAGGGAAAGAGGCAGCGAGGGCAGAACAAGUCCCGACCGCACGUGAAGCCGACCGCGUACGAGGACCAGCGUCUCUGUCAGUCCGUGGCGCAGGAAAACAGGAAGUGUCACUACGGCGACAAGUGCAAGUUCCUCCACGACGUGGCGGAGUACAUGGCGUCCAAGCCGGCGGACGUCGGCCCUUCCUGCUACCUGUACGAUACGUUCGGCGCCUGCUUCUACGGCGUGACGUGCCGCUUCGCCCUGGCGCACACCACGGCCGACUUCCAGAGCAUGCGGGACGAGGCGCGGGUCAAGGCCCAGGAGGGGCGCACGCCCGUCAGGAACAGCCUGGACAAGGACCUGCAGAUCCGCCUGAGGAAGCACCACGUGGCCUUCGACCGCUCGGCCGAGUACCUCCAGACCAUCGCCAAGGCCCAGGAGCCCGGCCCAAAGCAGCAGCAGCAGCAGGAGGAGAGGAACGGCAACCAGCCUGAAGCUCCAAGCUCUGACCAGACUCCAGCAGCAGAAGGAGCAAAUGAAGCUACAGCACCGGAUGUUGAAGCUGGCACAGAGAACAAGACGACGGUGAAGACGAUUGGCCCGCUGACAGACGCUGAUGUCAUCAAGUUGCGUCCAUGUGAAAAGAAGCAGGUGGAUUUUCAAGAUAAGCUCUACCUCGCUCCGCUCACUACAUGUGGAAACCUCCCGUUCCGCCGCGUGUGCAAGCGCUUCGGCGCCGACAUCACCUGCGGCGAGAUGGCCAUGUGCACCAACCUGCUGCAGGGCCAGCAGUCAGAGUGGGCGCUGCUCAAGAGACACGAGUCUGAGGACCUCUUCGGCGUGCAGAUAGAGGGCUGCUUCCCAGACACCAUGACCAGGUGCGCUGAGCUCAUCAACAACCACAUCGACGUGGACUUUGUGGACAUUAACUCCGGCUGUCCCAUCGACCUCGUCUACAAGAAGGGUGGAGGAUGUGGACUGAUGACUCGCACCAGAAAGUUUGAACAGAUAAUCAGAGGAAUGAACUACGUGCUCGACGUGCCGCUGACGGUGAAGAUCCGCACCGGCGUCCACGAGAAGUACAACGUGGCGCACAAGCUCAUCCCCGAGAUGAAGAAGUGGGGCGUGUCCAUGAUCACGCUUCACGGCCGCUCCAGGGAGCAGCGCUACACGAAGCUAGCGGACUGGGACUACAUAAACACCUGCUCCUCCCUGGCCUCACCUCUCCCUCUCUUCGGGAAUGGAGAUAUUCUGUCGUAUGACGACGCCAUGAAGGCAAGGGAAACGGGGGUGUCUGGCCUCAUGAUCGCAAGGGGGGCGCUGAUAAAGCCCUGGAUCUUCACGGAGAUCAAGGAGAGGCGGCACUGGGACAUCUCCUCGUCUGAGCGGUUGGACAACCUCCGGAACUUCUCCAACUAUGGCCUUGAGCACUGGGGCUCUGACACCCGCGGCCUGGAGAAGACACGCACCUUCAUGCUGGAGUGGCUCUCCUUCCUGUGCAGGUACGUCCCGGUGGGGCUCCUGGAGCGUGUUCCUCAGAGGAUCAACGACCGUCCUCCGUACUACAUGGGCCGGAACUACCUGGAGUCCCUGAUGGCCAGUCAGCAUGUGGGGGACUGGGUCAAGAUCAGUGAAAUGCUUCUUGGACCCGUGCCGAAGAAUUUCAACUUCCUGCCAAAACAUAAAGCGAACGCCUAUGAAAAGUGAUGGUCUCUCUGUCUCUGUUAUCUCUCUCUCCCUGCUUCUUUUGCUCUAUUUUGUUUGACCAUGGAGAUAAAAACAUAAUGUAUGAAGACUGUGUGUGUGUGUGUGUGUAUGCAAAUUUGGAAUGAUAAAAGAUGUUUAAUAUCUGGUUUGUUUUCUCUAAAUAAUAUGUAUGUGGCUGUGCAUAGAACAUAUCAAUAAAAAAGUAUGCUGUGUA